CCCCGGUGAAUGUUAGGAAUAUUUAAUAUAAAUCUAUUGGACCAUCACUGGGACAGUAAGACACAGUAAAGAGAAAAAAAAAACUACAGUGACCAUGCAGAGCCUUGUCAAUGACUACGGGCUCAUAUUCGCUUGUACCUGCGGUGUGAUCUUGGGGAUUGGGUUCUGCGCCAACCUUCUGGUGUUCCUGCUCUUCGCCAGAUACAACUCCUUCCGCAAGAACCGCCUUGACUUGCUUCUGUUGAGCAUGGCACUGGCAGACUUCCUUACCCUGCUGCUGGUGCCCUUCACGCUCCAGUCUGCCGUCAGCUACAGCUGGUCGCUGGGGAACACCUUCUGCAAGAUCUACCAGUUCAUCCUAGCCUUCUCCCUGGCGGCCAGCACCUAUUCCCUUUGUGCCGUCUCCAUCGCUAGGGCCAUGAUCAUCAUUAAACCCCAUCGGCCCCCAGAGAUGAACCUGGUCAUUUUCAUGCUGGUCCUGGUCUGGGCUUUGAGCUUCUUCAUCAGUUUCCCCCUCCGGAUCUUCGCCACCAAAGAGACAGCAGCCAUCAAGAACUUCACCUACUGUCUGCCCACCAUCCAGGAACACCACUACCAGGUGGUCUUGGGCCAGUUUAUUCUCUAUUAUUUGUUGCCCAUGCUGGUGAUUGCCUUCAACUACAUCCGGCUGGCUCUCUUCCUCCACAAGAGUCCCAUGAUGUCCCUGGCCAGCUCCAGGAACACCCGCAGAGCCUCCAUCUUGAUUUUCCUUGCUGCCGCCACCUUCUCAGUAUGCUGGCUUCCAGGCUACGUGCUGGAGCUGUGCGUCUAUCUAGGACUGUACCACCACAGACCAGCCUGGGACAUGUUCUACUUCAUCUGCACCGUCCUCCAGAAUCUGCACCCUUGUGUAAACCCGGUGCUGUAUGUCCUGCUGUCCAAGCGGUACCGGCACAAAAGGGUCAGAUGCCUUCUGAACUGCAAAAAAACCAAAGUGCAGCCUCACAUCAUUAGCGUGACAGAGAGCUUGCAGACCAACUGAGCACACCAAAAAAGAUUUACGGCCAGGCAGAAUGUCUUCAUUUGAGAAUGUCUAGAUAUGUAAUUUCCUAUGUAAAAAGGGUUUGUUUUUUCUUUGAAUCAUUUUUUUGUUUUUGAAAAUUGGACUCUUAAAUGAAGGUAUAUGAACCUAAAUCUCCAGCUGCAAAUGCAUUAAUACUAUUUUGUACCACACUACUUAUUAAAUUUGCUUCUGUUAAGCCUUUAGGUUAAGUAUCUAACUCAUGUAUUGUACAAACCAUGUAUGUAAGUUCUAUGAUCAGAAGCAUAACUACCGAGUGAAUAGCUUUAAUGUCUUCAGUUGUUAAAAUCAUUAUUGAGAUUUUUUUUAAAAAUAUAACCUGUGUGAAGAAGCCUUUUGUAGAUGCUUCUAAAGCCUUUUGUAGUAUGAAGAAAACAUUGCAUUGUCCUGGAAGCAUUUGUGCAUGUGCCUGUUAAAUUCUCUGUGCUGUAAAAACAUAACUGUUAGCAAGUAUUAA